AUGUGUGAAAACAGUGCAAUUAGUUAUUUGGAUGGGGAGGUGGUAUGGGUUAAGUUGGGUUCCUGCUGGUGGCCCGGUGAGGUGGUCGGAUUUGACAAGCUACCACCUGAUGUGCUGCCUUCUUUGCGAAAACCACCGAUUGCUGUUGUAAAGUUCUUCCAGGAGGAUGCAUAUGAAUAUGUCAAAAAUGCCAAUGCCAUCUACAAAUAUGACUGCAGCCGAAAAAAUGAGUUUAUCAGUAAAGGACUGAAUCUUUAUCGAACCAAACAUGGGCCUAUGGAAAAGUUUCCUGAAGAUGUUGUCAGGGCUGAGACUGCAACUGGUGGUGAUACAGAUAUACUCACAAGAGAUGAGUUUCAAGAAAAGAAGAGAGAAAGUUACGCUGGCAUUUUUGGUGAUCCAACCAAGAGAACUCCUAUCUCUGGUAAAAAAGGUAAAGGAGCUAAAGGUAGACCUACAGAAUAUCCAAGGACACCAACAAGAAAGAAUUUUGAAAAAGUUGACUACAAGGUUCACAUUCUGGUACAAGGUUCAAAGACACCUAGUUCUGAAAAUUUAUCUACACAAACUGAAACUCCUACAACACCAUCAUCAAGCGGUGAACAGGAAUCUGAACACAAACAAGAUGACACUCCAGAUAAAGAUGACAAAGAGAAGUCAAACAACACUGAAAAACCAGCAUCAUUUGCAACUCCAGUAGCUUCAAGUUCAGGCAUUUAUGCAUGCCAUGCAUGCUCAUUUACAACUACCCGUUUAAAUGUUUUAAUUCUACAUAACAAAACACACAGUGUCUCAUUUACACCAUAUACUCCAUCACCAGUACGGAAAAAAGUUACUACCAAGCCAUCUGCUAAAUCACCUGAAACACCUAAAGUACCAAAGGUGCGUAAACCACGCAAAGAAAAAACUGAGAAAGAGCCUAAUAAGGUAUUACCUACUACUCCUAUUAAAAAGCGACCAGCAGAUGAGCAACUUGAUAUUACUGACACUAAAAAAAUUAAAACAGAUGAAGAGAUAAAAAGUAGCCUCCUUGCAGAUUGGGAUGAUGGUGAUGAAGAAUCUAAUGAUGAAUCUUCAGUUAUAGUCAUGGCAGGAUCUCCUGAAGUGCCUGAGGCGGCGGAAUCGCCUGCUAUACCCACAUCCGCUGAUUUAUCGAGUAUACAAGUCUCAGUUGAAUUAUCAUCACCUGUAGAAAAGAAAUUCAACAAGUCACCCCUGAGUGACAAAGCAGAAGCUUCAAGCGAUUCUAAAUAUGAGUUUUGUGAAGAUGAAGAUUGGCCUUUGGAAGCUGACGGAGGCAGAAAAAUACCUCGUGUUAAAAAUGCAAAACGUAAAGAAGACACAAAGAGCAUUAGUUUAGAUGAUGAUGAAGUCGCUAGAGAAGUUGCUGAAUUACUUAAUAAAACUACUGUACCAGAAUUACCUUCAGCACCAGAGCCAUUAAAAGUUGAAGAAAAUUUUCCUGAGCCUACAAUUGUAAAAUCUCCCGACAAAGAUAAGUUACCUGAAAAAGCUGAAGAAAAGCCACCCGAAAUUCAACCCACAAAAGCAAUAUUUAAGACCAAAACAUUUUUCCGGAGUCGUCAUUCCAGGAGUCAAGAUGCAAUUGGAAAAUAUGUAGCAGAACAGUUAAAUGCAGUAGAAAAAAUGGAUAUAGCAGAAAGUGACAUAAAUGGUUCAGAAGCAGUAUCUUCACCGGAAACCAGAGACUCUCCCCCUAUUGAGCAUGUUAAAGUAGCGCGACUUGCACCGAAAAUACAACUUAAGAAACUGAAAGCUGAGGCAGCACAGCUACGCGAAAGAGAUAAAAAUAAUUUAGAUUACUUCAGUGAUUUUGAUCUUAAUCCUUAUGCAGAGCUUGUGGCAUCUAAUGCUGCAAGUCCAGUUUCGCAACCUGAUUCAGGCCCUAUCCCUAAAAAAGACGAUCGUCAACUUUUACAAGAUGUAUUAUAUCCAACACAAGAAAUAAAACCAGUAAACACGGACAUGGCAGAUCAAAUUAAAUCCCCUAAAGACAAAUUUAAGUACUUGAUGGACAAUACUAAUGAACUGAUUAAUCAGACCACUGUAGAUGAGAGAGAUAUAAUUCAAGGAUUAGAAAACGAUAACACUGCUCCACGAUCAGAGAAAAAAUCAACUAUUAAAGAAUCGGAAAAAGUCAACAUUCUCGUAGAUCUAGAAAGAGAACAUAUUCUUCAAGACUCAAAUAAAGAACCUAUGGAAGAAAGCCCAGAAAUUAAAACACCAGCUCACACGCUUCUUCAGGAACAAGAGAAAAAUCAGAUGGUAGAUAUUCAAACACCUGAUACUUUAUCUCGAGAUCAAGUAAUAGAUGAUGUUAUAGAAGAACCAAUUAUUAAUAUGGUUACUCCUGAAACAGGAAUAGACAAAGUUAUGACUGAACCUGAAAUGCAUAGCGUUCCGCAACACUCAGAACUACCGAGUGUAAUCCAAGAACCAAAAAUACAAAAUGUUAUCCAAGUACCAGAAAUCCAAAAUGUUAUUCAUGAAUUACAAGUUAAUGCCACUCAGGAACCAAGCACUAAAGUAGAAAAUGUGGAAAACAAAUUUCCUAAAACCAAACUUCAGAAAACUUACGAAGAGUCUAUAGAACCUUUUAUGAAUGAAUCCACCGCUUCAGCAGUUGACGCUUUGCUAAGCGUAUCGAGAGAAGCAGACAGAGUUACCAGGGUUAUUAGUGAUGAUCCUCCCGAAGACUUAUUUGAAGAUGACAAUAAAGAUAGCAAUGGAAUGUGUAAUGAUGUUAAUGGUUUUAAGGAAAACAUGAGUAGAGAAAAUGGCGCCGAUAACAGUAAAUAUGUUGAAACCAAAAUUAUUGAUCCUGAUGGUGAAGAAAAUGUAAAGGAAUCGACAUAUAACGAAAAGCCACAAGAUAUUAUACAACAAAUUACAGUAGAUAGUAACACCAUUACAGAAGUUGACAGUGUAUCUAAAAAUAUUGAAACUAUACCUUCAGAAUCAGAUUUACAAAUAGCAGAAACAUUACUCAAUUUGCCAUCAACAGCUAUCCAAAAAGGGACUGCUAGUGAACAGCAAGACGAAAGCUGUAGUGUAGUAUUGCCCAAAGAAUCUAGCCAAGAAAAAAUGAACCUACCAUCCAAAGAAAUGGUUCCUAAUGAGAAAAAUGACAAAUCUUUAUCAGAACAAGAGCCGAAAAUACCGCAUAAAAAGUCUCUUUUAAUUUCAAAUAACGAAAAUUCAGGGCUUAGGUAUGAAACUGAACAGGAAAAAAGUGAAAACUUGAAUGCUGCCCAGUCUCUUGUUCAAAUGUCGGAAUCUAUCGAUCACAAAAUUAGUAUUGAUCAUAACCUGAGUAAUUCUGUAAAUAAUAAUAAGGAUAUAAUUAUACCUGAUACUGGUGCAUUUCAUAUCAAACAAAAUAAUGGUUUGGAUAGUAUCAGCAAACCUGAACAAAAAAUUGCUGUUCUGACUUCUGAAAAUAAUAAUGAUAAUACAAACGGGAAACACGUGAAAAUGGAUACGUCAUCAUCGAAACUAUUAAAAAUAUUAGAAGAACCAUGUACACCUAAAUUUGCUUCGAACAAAUCGGGUCUAAUUAAGCAAACUUCAAUUUUAUCGGGGAAAGAAAAGAUAUUGAAUUUUGAUGUUGCUAAAUCAUCUUUUAAAGGCAAAAGUGAUUCACCUAAACAAAAAAUAAUCAUACGUCGAACUACGCCUAGCAGGAAUAAUAUAACUAAUAUCUCAGAUAUAACUACAGCAGAUAAAAUUAUACUAUCGCGCACUAAGAACCCCGCCCAGGAUGGUUCGGUACAAACGUACACGAUUCAAACAUCUCCAGAUGCACCACCUGAAAAUAACACCAUAAUAAUUCCACAGAAAGUUCGAAAAAUAACGAAACCACCUAUGAAAUUACAAAAAAUCAAACCACAAAAUUCACUUGGAUCACCCAUUACAGAAACUAAAGUUAGUAAUGAACCAACUACAGAUGAGGCUAUGUUCGACAUCAAUUCAAUGCCCAUUGUGUUAUCUGAGGACUUACUAACUCCUGAAAGUAUUGAAAAAAUGCCGAUAGUGAUGUCAGAUGGAAACAUUAUAACUCACACACCAAAUCCACCCAAACUCGUUAAAACAAAACAGCCCAUAGAAAAUGAAAGGAUGACAAUUAGCGCCACUACAAACAAGCCAGAAUUGAAAACCUUACUAAUGAAUCCAGUCACUGAGGCUAAUAAAGUUACUACGCCAAAUAUUCUAUCAAAAUCCUCGAAAUUGCGAGGUGCUAAACCCAUGUUAGUUAUUGAUAAAGCAACAGGAAAACAGAAAAUUAUAAUGACGAAAGCGGAACCUGCAGUUAAAGAGGUUAAACAGACGCCAACAUUGAUUCAGGCUGUCCCACAAAACACGGGCAAGGCAGAGAAAUUCAUAAUUCUACCUACUCCUAAUUCACCUCGCCCUGGUAGAACACAAAAAAUUGUAAUAGAUCCACAAACAGGCAAAGCACAUGUCCUGGUAGCCAAAGAUACGCAACAGGUGAGCUCAACUGAAAACAAACCUGUUUCAGCUAAACUAAUUCCAUCAUCCACUGAGGCCAGCACGUCGAGCAGUACUGUAAUGAUCAUAACGAAUGCGCAAGGGACGCAAUCUAGAAUAGUUCUUACUCCCGAGCAUGAGAAGAUGCUAUUUCCAAAGAAGCAACAACCAAAUGUUUCUCAAUUAAAAACUAUAGCUCAUAGAAUAUCCACUAAUUCUGGUGCUACUUCAAAAACUGUAAUCACAUCAAUAGCACCUGCCCGAACGCAAAAUAUAUUACCAGCAAAAACCCAAACAAGGAUUGUACCUAAACAAAAGAGUGCUAUAAUAACGUCCAAAGGCCAAUUGAUUGUUGGUGGCAGGGUGGCAACAACAGCACAAAAUAUUGCACCCAUGCCCGAAAUCAGGCCAGUUCCGAAGCGAAUAAUCGCCUCUGAAACUAAAAAGCUCGUUCAGACUAUUCAAAAGUCGUCAUCUGAGCCUUUGAUAUUCUUGCAACAGAAAUCCGGUGCUGUCAUGCAGUUAACAACGGCUCAGUUUGAGCAUUUACAAAGAACAGGCCAGAUUGUACAGAAAGCACCCGCACAGUCUAUACAAGAGAAAGUGAUUGUUCAAAAAACAAUUACUGUCCCAUCUAACGAAUCUGUUGUUACAACAGUACAAAAACCGAGAGCACGUAAAAUGCUCAUGGAAUCGCCAGCACCUUUAAAAAGAUUAAAGCAAGAAAUAGCCAUAGCUCCUGCGCCUGCAUCCCCUGUACCCGCAUCCCCUGUGCCAACUCUAUCUCCUUUAAGUAAUACUGCUUCUUCAUCCAUUGUGCCAUCCAUAUCAAAUACGGUAUCGGUUUCAACGACUUCCCCUUAUUCCGAAUUUGAUAACUUCGAAGAACUUUUACCGUCUACCGCAAUCGCAAGACAAAAUGAACCUGUAGUAACUCCGGCUGCUAGUCCCGCAGUAGAGCAAGCACAAGUUGCUCCUCCUCCUGGACCUAUUUCUGAUGGUCAGUUAAUGGCCGUGCCUGGGGAGCACUUUGGCGGUCCUCCUGGCUCAUUCUAUCUUUGCAUGGAGGACAACGGUACUUUUACUGCUAUCGACCAUCGACCGUUAGUAUUGGAGAAUAACCAACUGGUUCCGAUGCCCGAACCUUUACCGGUCAUUGGAACGCAACCGGAACGUAGAGACAUCCUUGAGGCGGCUUUGGCAAAUAGCGACGUUUUCCACGCAGACACACCGCGAGAUGAAGCUCCUGAUUUUAGAGAUUUGAAUGCUAAUGUGUCAGUGCACUGUCGCGUUUCUGAAACCAGUACUACAUUAAAUCAGGCGCCUAUUAUGACUCCUGUAGAAGUUCCUACUAAAGUUGAUAGUGAACCACCUAUUUCUUCAAAUCUAGAAGACGGCUUGGCCGUUAUUGGUAUCUCAGCUCACACAGUACCGACAUCACUCGAAUUGCCAAUAACUGUUACGGACCCUAGAAUAGCGCCUAAAACUACAGAUCCUUUGAGUAGCACCUCAACCUAUGCUACUACGGGUCUGUUGCCUUCAUCCAACACGGAAUUGACCUUUGUGAGUACUGAGGAGACUGAGGUUUCAAUGAGAGGACCUAUAUCAAUGCCGUUGCUUACAGAUGACGAAUCUGUGGGCAAGUCUAUGCCGAUAUUGACGGACGAACUGGCUGAGAGAACCGUUUCCUCUGUGGAUUCUACAGUUGGAUCUCCAUCAUCGAUAGAUGUACGAGAAUCUGAAAAUGAAGACAGCCACAGCCAAUGGACUCGCCGAUUGCUAACUCCAGGUUCUGACACCUCUGAAGCAUCAGCUGAGAUACCGUUGCAGCCACUUAUUCAGCUCUCAGUCAAUGAAUUAUCUCGACAUAGCUAA